CGUGCGCAGUGAAUCCCCACGUGUUUGUCUCUUAAUGAUGGCUGCCACAGAAGUUGUGAAAUUCUCUCCCAAUGGCAAUUAUUUAAUACAUUCUUCCGUUGAUGGCAUCAUUAAAGUUUGGGAAACUCGGACAGGCACAUUAAAAGAUGAGUUUACUCCAAGUUCACAUUUAGCGGCGACUUGUAGCUGCCUCGCUUGGCAUCCCGCUAUCCGAUCUCCGGAAAAUUUACCAAAGAGUAAAAAGAGAAAAAAAUCUCUAGAUGAAACAACUUCUACGGCUGAGAGCCUGGAUCUGGUUGCACUUGGCACUGCAGCUGGAAAUGUCUUUUUGUACAGUGUGUUAAAGGGUGAUGUACACAGUCGUUUGGAAAACGGUCACAGUCUCAUUGUAAAUGAUAUCUGCUGGCAUCCAGAAAGAAAUGUUUUAUACACAUGCUCCAGUGAUCAGCACAUUGCGGAGUGGGAUCUAUCACUUGGUAAAGUAAAUCAUAAAUGGAAAGCUAGCAACAAUAUAUUACAGAGCAUAUGUCUACCAUCAAAGAACACAUUAAUAUCAGCCGGGAACCUUAUUAAAUUAUGGGAUCUCGAUAAAUAUGAAGUAAUAAAGAAAUUCAAUGGUCAUGCUACUGAAGUAUUACAAUUAUUACCUGUUGUUACGGAUCCUAAGCAACAUGAAUCUUCGUAUUUUCUUUCUGCUGCAGUUAACGAUCGCCUUAUUAGUGCUUGGGCUAUUAACUCAAACAAAGAUGAGAAAAAUGCCAUAGCUUCAUUUUCUCUUCCGGAUGAACCAAAAACAUUGGCUUUAUCAAACUUAAAAGACCAGGCUAUCUGUUUGUCUGUGGUCACUAAAAGUGGACAGUUGUUAAUAUUUGAACAUGUCUUAAAUGGAAAGAUGAAAAAACCAAUUCGUCCAAAAGUAACAAUCAAGGUCGUCAAUAGUUCUUCAGGAAAAACUCUUCCAAUUUUAGUCUCUUACCCCACACAAGACAAGGAUGGUACCAUUCUGCUUGCACAUAGUAGUUUUAUUAAGCCUGUUUUUGAACAAGUGGCUUCUAAAAAUAUGACAGGAGAAAUAAUUGUAGAACAUAAACCUUCUUUACCAAGUCAAUUCAGUGGCUCAAAUGCUCAGAAAGUGAUCCUUGGAGAAGUGUCAAAAGAUACAACUAUUUUAACUCCUAGUCAUUUGGUAUCAAGCGGUCCAAAAGUAGAAAACAACACAAAUUUCUUAAGUAAAAAGAAACGAAAAUCAGAGCUUUCCUUACAAGAACGUCUAAAGGCCAUCAACUAUGAUCAGUCAGUAGAAGUACCAACGACAAAUCAACCUCCUCUUGCAGAUUCUAUGGCUGUUCUAUUAACACAAGGCCUUACUAGUGAAGAUAGAUCAAUUUUAGAUAAUGUUCUUCGUAAAGAGCACAGUGAAGCUAUUAUACAGAAUACAGUAAGAAAAUUAAAUAUACAAGCUGUUAUUCCUUUAAUGAAUGAACUUUCUCGGCGAAUGAGUACACCACAUUUAGUAUUGCCAAUAUAUGUCCAAUGGGUUAAAGUUGUUUUAUCCAUCCACACGUCAUACCUAAUGUCAUUUCCAGAUUUAAUAGACAGUUUAAGUUCAUUACAUCGUUUACUGGAUACCAGGGUGACCAUGUUUACAAAACUAACUCGAUUACAAGGCAAGUUAGGAUUAUUAUUAUCCCAGCUCUCGUCUCGGCAUCAAGAUGAACAGGAAGACAUUCAACAGGAACAGCAUCCGCUCCUUGUUUACCAAGAUGCUUCAUCCGAUGAAGAAAUGUAUUUUAAGAAGAACUUAGAUGAUGCAAUGCCCUGUGAAUCUGGAUCAGAGUAUGAUUGGAAUACAAGUGACGAAGAAGACAGAGACGACAGUGAGAGUGCAAAACCUAAUGAAACCGAUGAGAGAGAUGAAAGUGACUGAUGGCUGUUUUGAAUGAAGAUAUUUUGAUACAUAUUUUCUCUAACAUUUUGCUUAGAGUAGCGGACUUUUAAUUCAGUUUUGAUGAAUUAAUGGUUACAUCAUACUCAAAUGGCAAUUGUUAGUUUAUAAUCACUUGGAAGGUGUGUAUCACUGAUAAAUAUGGAAAAUAAACUUAAAUAAACAUUAUUAUUAUUA